AUGGAGAAAGUUGAAUUUUGCAAAUGCUCUUGGGUGAAUGAAAUGAAAGAAAAAGAAAGCAACAAACAGAGCUACAAAAUACCAACGGUGCAUGAAAGUGACAGGAGCGCAAAAUCCGGCCCAUACUCCGCAAGUAAUUUGGCUAGGAUGGAUAUCGAAUCAAAUCAUUCUUCUCCUGUUCUCACUGACUCUACACCAAUAAACAAGUCAAGGCUCGGCAUCCAUUCUAAUUUGUUGCCUUACGCACCAUCAGGAGGAUCACUUUCCCCUAGCAAGUAUAUAAACAUUCCUAGGAAAAAGCCUGGGAAACUUGAUGAAGUCUGCGCGAAUGCAUGGCUGGAUGCCAUGAAAUCAUCUUCACCCCCUCGCAAGAAGCUCAUUAAGGAUGGUGCUGACACCGCUUACAGCUCCUGGAUGCUCAAGCAUCCAUCAGCACUUAACUCAUUUGAGGAAAUUGCAAAUCUUGCCAAAAACAAGAAGAUAGCAAUGUUUCUAGACUAUGAUGGGACUCUCUCUCCAAUAGUAGAUGACCCAGAUAAUGCCCUUAUGUCUGAUGAUAUGCGUUCUACUGUAAGUAAAGUCGCAAAGUAUUUCCCAACGGCAAUUAUUAGCGGAAGAAGUCGUGACAAGGUUUGUGAACUGAUAGGGCUAACAGAACUAUAUUAUGCUGGUAGUCAUGGGAUGGACAUUUUAGGUCCUAUAGGAAAAGCAGUGUCCAAUGACCAUCCAAACUGUACUGAAUCUACUACUGACCUGCAGGGCAAGGAGGAUGUAAAUCUGUUCCAGCCCGCUAGAGAAUUUAUACCCAUGAUCAAUGAGGUUUUUAGAACCCUUGUCGACAAUACUAAGGGAAUCAAAGGUGCAAAAGUUGAGAAUCACAAGUUUUGUGUCUCCGUGCAUUUCCGUAAUGUAGAUGAGAAGAGCUGGCAACCUAUUGCACAAUGUGUUCAGGAUAUUCUAGAUAAGUAUCCUCGUUUGCGAAAAACUCAUGGGCGGAAGGUUUUAGAGGUCCGUCCAAUGAUUGACUGGAAUAAAGGAAAAGCAGUUGAAUUUCUGCUUGAAUCUCUAGGGCUUAAUAACAGAGAUGAUGUUCUCCCAAUUUAUAUUGGUGAUGAUAUGUCCGAUGAAGAUGCAUUCAAGGUGCUCCGGGAGGGGAAUCGAGGUUAUGGAAUUCUGGUAUCAUCUAGACCCAAAGAAACGAAUGCAGUUUACUCUCUCAAAGAUCCGACAGAGGUGAUGAGAUUUCUUAAUUCCCUGGUGACAUGGAAAAAGCUAGAAGAAGAAGGAGGAGGAGGAGGUGGAUGCAUCGUGAAUAAUAGGAGGACCAUCUGA